UUUUGCUUUAAUUCAAAUUCAAAAAGCGUAAAAUCGUAAAUAAAAAAGGAUAUUUCUCUUCUUUUCUCUCUCGUCAGUUUACAUUUUCGUUUUAAGAGCUAAAGGGCCGUUCGUAACCUACGUUACGCUAAAACGUAACUUAGGGAAUUAGCUGAGCGUUAUGAAGUCACCUUUACGAUUUUCAACGUUAGGCCUAAUUCACAACUUUGCAUUUGCAAAUUCGCGAUCGUUAAUAUUUGUUUACAAAUGGCGUCGUCGGAAGUAAACAAAAUAAUUAACGAAAUUAACUAAGCGAAUUUCUACAUUGAGACCAAUAAGGGAUUUAAAAAAAAAGUGUAUAAAAAUAGAGAAAAUAGAGUAAAUACAGUAAUUAGAGAAAAAUGUCGGAAGAUUUACUAGCGAAGGAGAAGGAAUUCCAUAAACUAAAUAGAGAGUUAGAGGAGAAAACACGUGAAUUAAUGAAAGAAGUCGACACGGUUAUGAUGGAAUCGAGAAAAAAUAAUUUAUCAUCAUCAUCAUCAUUGACGUUAAGUCAUCAACAUUAUGAAUUUACGUCUCUGGAUAAUAUCAGCAAUAAAUUAUUAGACGCUCCAACUUUAAUGGAGAGACAAUCGGAUAGUUUUUAUCAUAAAAAAAAUACUCCAACUACUUUUUUAUCCACCGAAGUACUUCAAGUGCAAAAUAGGAAUGCGGAAAUGAAAAAUUUCAAUAAACCGUCGAAAUGUGAGACUAUUUCGAAAAAUGAAACAGUAAUUGAAUUGCUCAAGACGAAAAUAAAGUCUCAACAAACUGAAAUACAGACGAUUCAAAAUGAGUAUAAAAAAAAGUGCAAUAACUACAAAGAAUUGGAAAUCGAAAAUAAAAAACAAGCAGAAAUAAAGGAAAAAUUACAAAAUCAAUUGAGUUCAUUAAAGGAGUCAAUUGUGAAAAAUGAAACAAUUAAUGGGAAUUCACAAUUGAAAAUUCACGAUCAAAAUAACGAGAUUUCUUCAUUGAAAAAGGAACUCGAGGAAUUAAGGAAAGAGGUGAAAAAUCUAAAUCAACAAUCAAUUAGCAAUGAUGUGAGAUUAAAUAGAAGUUUAGAGGAAAAUGAAAAACUUCGUAGUGCCCUGAAAUUUAGUAAAUUAGACGAAAAGGAUUUACGCGAUCAAAUUCGAAAAAUAACUGAAGAAAAGAGGCAGUCAAUAAAAAAUUUGGAAAAACAACGCUCGGAAUUGUGUCAAGCGUAUAAAAAACAAAUUCUCCUCGUCGAUAAUCUCAAGAAACAAAAGGCCUUUUUGGAAGCGAGUCGACAAAUACAAAUAACCAACGAUGAUUUCACAAAAUUCCUAGAAUGGAAACCAGAACAAAAUUAAAAAAAGAGGGAAAUUUGCAUAAAAAAUAAUUUAAAAUUUCCAUAAAAAAACUAACAAAAAAUCGAAUUGUUUAAAAAAAUUCGAAAACAAACAGAAAAAAUGGGUUUUGAAAACUGGAAUCGACAGUUAUCUUGGAAAUUGUUUUUUUAUAAAA